UCCUCCGCGACAGGGGCUAUGGAGGCCGGAAGGACGGCGGUGCUCCGAGUGAAGCGGAAGCGCAGCGCUGAGCCUGCCGAGGCUCUAGUGCUAGCUUGUAAACGCCUCCGAGGCGCCGAGGAUGGGUCUGCCGCUCAGAAGACUCCCGAGUGUCUGGAGAGCGCGGCGGAGAACAAUGUCUUCCAGCUGGUGGCCACCGUGCGCUCCCAGGAGGAGCCACUUCAGCCCCUCGUGCGGGCUGCCCUUCGCCCUUCCCGGGACAGCCAGCAGCGCAUCCGCCGCGAUCUCCGCGCCUCAGCUCGGGAGGUCCGCAAAGAAGGCCGCUACCGGGUGGUCUCCAGCCGCCGGGCCUCCGGGACCUCUGGCAAUCUGGAAAGCCAGUGCGCGCCAGAAGCUGCCGAGGAUGCAGGCUUCGAGCUGUUGGACCUGAUCCACGAGGAGAAAGACCCAGAAGGUGUUGUCACGGAUUCCUGCACAAUAGCUGACCCAGAUGUGAUUCUCUGCAAUUCUGUAGAGUUAAUACGUGAGCGGUUGGUUGUAUCUGAAGAUGGACCAGAAGUUGGGCGCCAAGAACAGAAACAUGAAGACUAUGUGUAUGACAUUUACUACUUAGAUAUGGCCACUCCAGGAUGGAUUGAGAACAUUCUUUCUGUGCAGCCCUAUAGCCAAGAGUGGGAGCUGGUGAAUGAUGAACAACCAGCAGAGGACAUUUAUGAAGAUGAAGAUGAUGAGAACAGUGAAAAUAAUUGGCGCAAUGAGUACCCAGAGGAGGAGAGCAGCGAUGGAGAUGAAGAUUCCAGAGGCUCUGGCUCUGAUGACUCGAACAGCCUCAGUGAGGAGGAAAGAGACUUCAACGUGCGACAGGUGUGGAGCAAGUACCCUUUGGAUGUACAGAAGGCGUUUGACUAUGACAACCCCCAGGACCUGGAUUCAGAUUGACUUGUAAUAUCCAUGUAGUUCUUCCAUAGACUCUUGAGGGAUUGGACCAAUGUCAAGGCCUGGUGACAUCUUUUUGGAUUUCUAAUCCUUUUGGAUUUCUAACUGAACAUACGGAGGGAAAAAGCAUACCCAGUAACAGGGAAAACUUAACCUAAGAGAAUGAGUUUUUUCCUCUCACAGUAGAACUCGUUGGCUUCAAUCAGAGGUGAUCCUACAAUGGAAGAAAAAUGCUAUAAAAAUGAAAGUUUCUUUCA